ACCCAUGGCAGCAGCAGCAGCAAAGAUCGUCGCUGCCCGUACUGCGUUCCUCCUGUGCGACCUGCAGACUGCCUUCCGGACGGCGAUCUACAGCUUUGACGAUGUCGAAGCUACGGCUGGGAAGAUGCUGCGCGCUGCUAAGAUAUUCGAGAUCCCCGUCCUGCUCACCGAGCAGAACCCCAAAGCCCUAGGGACGACCGUCGCUACCCUCCCUCUCGAAGCACUCCACGACUCCAAGCUUCUGCACGGCCCUUGGCCCAAGAAGAAGUUUAGCAUGGUCAUCCCCGAACUCCAGGCGUGCUUGAAGGAAAGGGGCGUGCAGGAUGUAGUGCUCUUCGGUAUCGAGAGUCACAUCUGCGUGCUGCAGACGGCGUUAGACCUUUUGCGUGAGAGCUACAGCGUACACGUCCUCGCAGACGGCAUCUCCUCCUGCAAUAAGGGCGAGCGCUCGAUCGCCAUCUCCACGAUGCGCGAGGCAGGGGCGAGAGUCACUACGAGCGAGAGCGUGCUCUAUCAGCUUAUGGAGGACGCGAGCGAUCCCCGAUUCAAGACUUUCGUCACCCUCAUCAAGGACGAAAAGGCUCGGACGCAGCAAACGAGUGCGAACCUCUUAGAGGACCUUUGAUGUGCGCGCUUCUCAGGGCAUGGUCAAGACUGUCAAUCAUGUAUAACUUAAGCAAUCCAGUGUAUUGCCCUUG